GCCGAUGCUUGACAUCGCGGUGCGGACCAACGACCGAACGAAACGCGCCUUUCCUCAGUCUUUCACGUCCCGAGGACCGGUUACCAUCGCCUGCUCUCUGCGUGUCGCCGUUCAGUGUUCCUCGGCUCGUUCCGUUCCCCGCUUUUGCGUUAACGACACCGCCACGUUACCGGUGCCCGAGGAUGAGGUUCGUCCGUCAGUGUCCGCGGUCCCUGGUGUAGCCUUCGAUCUCAGCAAGUGCCAUUCGCGGGGGAGGAACAGGCGGAACGGACCAGGAGACCAAGAGGACCAUGCGGUCCCCAGGUAUCCUCAGCCUGAUGGCCUGCUUCGCGUUUCUCUUAUUCGUCGAGGGCGUGCGGGACACCGGAGGUGGGGAUCACGGAGGCGGCAAGGUGUCGAAGAGAGCGAAACCCCUGAACCCGGAGGAGGAUGGCCGCGACAACGACGACGACUACUACUACGAGGACGUGGAUGAAAGAAACAAUCCGACGAACGAGGCACCGGCCGUGCCGCCCGGAUUCCUCAGCCCCUCUGUACGGGAGUACCUCGAUCUCGGUAAAUCGAUACCCGGUCGACCAGGCACAGACUACCCAGUGCUGGGCAAGGUGCCGUACACGAACUUCUACUGCGACGAGCAGCCGUAUCCCGGUUUCUUCGCGGACGUGGAGACUAGGUGUCAGGCGUGGCACUACUGCGACAUAGACGGCCGCCAGGCGACGUUCCUCUGCCCGAACGGCACGCAGUUCAGUCAGGCAGUGUUCGUCUGCGACUGGUGGUUCAACGUGCGGUGCGAACUGAGCCCGAAGCUGUACGCGAUCAACAGCCGACUAUACGGCAGGCCAACGGAGAGUCCAACCCGGCCGCACCGUCUGAUCACGAAGGAGCUGCUGGAGAACAUCUUCGCCAGACGGAAAUGACCUAGCACCGAGGAUCCCUACCACCAGAGCGAAUCCACUUGAUAAGCUUCCAGAAAACACCGUGGACAAUCCAGCUCCCCGAAACGGAACCAAGAUUGCAGGCGUCUAACCAGGGGAUCUAGGGUAAACCGAAGAAAACGCGCUGAUCCGGUUAAUAAUAAAAGUACCGAGUUCCCCGUCGAUCGCCGUUUAAAUCCGUGAUCGGUAGAUCUGGCUGGGUAGGUGCGCCAAGAAGCCUGGAAGAGGGGAAGGGAAUUAAUCACGCGAGACCGGUCGAAGGAUGAUCGUUCGGGGAGCUAGGAAUGGAUGAAGAGGGCCGGAAUAAAUGUUUCACUGCACGGAAGAAUGGAAAUGGAAAGGAGAGAAAGGCGCGGGCAAUUGCGGCGUUGGUAAAAGAAGAGCCGACGCGGGCGCGCGGGAGGAGAACAUCCGUCUACAAUCUUGGCUCCCUUCGAGGUGGCUUGACGCGGGAAACGGCGCUGCACCCUCGCCGCACGGUUCUUAAUCGUUGAUGAGAUCGCAUUCGGGACGAGAAGAAGCCGGAGUUUCCCUUACCUCCUCGGCGCCGGUUUCUCGCUCCGUUCCGCGUGAAAAUAAAGACCGCCCGAGGUUGUCAGUCCUUACGGGCGGAAGUGGCACCGGUUACCUACCUAACGCCGACCGGCGUUAUACCUUGACGGGCGCACCUGCAGCGGAAUCAAAGAACCGUUUCCGAUCGAUCGCCGGGAUCGAAGCGCUGCCGGGGAUCGGCUGCAUCGUAAACAGACGGGAAUGUCAUUAUUAACGUGGCCGGCGAGGAUCAAGCACGGGAAGAACAAUGUUUUCGUUCGACGGAGCUGAGGACUUGGCGCGACGCGUCUUAGGCUGUGUGUCCACAAGAGAGAUGCUAUCGAGAGAACCUUUGUGAUACGGGGACUUACCGGAGUGCUUACUAUACGUUCGCCUGAGUUGUUUGAGUUGUUAGAACUGUGGAUUUUGUGCUUCCUUUUUUAGACUCGAGAGUUUGAUGUCUUGUGCUGCGUGUCCACUUGGGAGAUACUGUCGAGAGAUGUGGUCGGGAUACAUGGGAGUCAUUUUCGAAGAUGCUUGAUACGUUGAGUUUUCAGUUUAUAGAAGAGUAGCUUCUGUUUUCUCUGAUCUGAUGGUGAAUUAGAUAGGUCUUAUGCUGCUUGUCCACUUGAGAGCUACUAUCGAGAGAAGUGUUUACGGUGUGCUGUUGCAUAAGAGGAAUUUUUGGGAAUGUUCGGGAUGUUUUGUUUCUAUUCUAGAGGAAAUUGGGAAUUGAUUUUGGGCUUCGUUUACACUUCACAGUUGAAAACAGGUUUUAUGCCGCGUGUCCACUUAAGAGCCACUAUCGAAGAUCACUCUUCUAAUGUGUCUAUAUGAGAGAAACAUCGAAAGUGUCUCUUGUGCUUCGUUUCCACUUGACAGCGACUGGGGAAUAGCUUUUAUACUACGCGUCUACUUGAGAGUAACUAUAAAGUAGCUCUCAUGUUAGACGUUUACAUGUGUGUGACUCAAGAAUAGCUUCUAUGUUAUGUAGUUACAUGAGGGCGACUCUACAGUGGCUCUUGAAAUGCUCGUUCACGUGAGACGCGCAUUCGAGUGUGACUCUUAUGUUGCGUGUCCACUUGAGAAUUAACUCGCAAAACAGUAAUCAUUGUAAAGAACUAGUUGAUUCGGGAAUUAUUCUUAGGUCUACGGCAAGCUCUACUUUUGAGAGUAAGCUCCAAGUUACGUGGCAUUUUAUCUAUUUCUUGUGACAAUUAUAUAUAUAUAUUGCUAGGUAAUUUGUCCGGGUUGUUUUAAAGGGUAGUACUUUCAAGUCAAUAUGCAGCAUUAGAUUCGAUCUGACUCGCUAUUAAGCUGACUCGUUCGGAAACUGAUCGCGUCGAGUGAAUAACGUAACGAUCGCUGGUGAGAACUGUGAGUUUGUUCGUGUUUUAGAGAAAUUUCAGUGGACCCAUGUGUUGUUUGACGUUGCUGUUCGCGCGAAAGAGGAAUGAUGUAGUAUAUAAUAAAUGUUCCGAUUGUUGUACAUGAAUGCUUCUUGACGAUUCAUAGAAAUCUUAAUGGAAGAGAGUGUUCUCUGAUGACUAUACUGCUUGUCCUAAUCAUUUGACUAUUUGUGUGCUUCUAAGACGACGUUACUUGUUUCAUAAGUAAAAGAAAACAUUCCUGACACUACGCUAAAAUUAAAUAUUUCCCCUCCAGUGACAACAUUGUUGGCUAACAUUAACUUACAACGUUUGGACCGGACGUGCUCCCUCAUCUGAAUAUAAUACAUCGUUGUAAAAUGGAUAAAAUAUACGUACUACAGAUUAAGCUUUCGCGAAUUUAGGAUUAAAGUUAUUUGAUGCGAGGCUUGCGUGAUGAAAACAAAGAGAAUGUCAUACAAUCUACCUGUGAAAAAAUCAUGAAAAAAGAACGAACACUUAUUUGAUUUUCUAAGUAUAAAAAUUAUCAUUUGGGUUUCCUGUUCUAUCGAAAAAAUAAAUAUAUAAGAUGGUCAACUUGCUAACCUAUUCUGGAAACUGUAUCGUACCGACACGGCAGUUUGUGGAAUAAUUCUAUUUGUAUUUCGUUAGGCUAACAUUGGUAACAAAAUAAACGAAAUAAUUUCUGUUGUAACCCUAUCAAACUCACCAUUAUCACCCAUACUUACAAGAACUAAAUACAAAGAAUAACCAAUUAAAGAAUCACGUAGUAUUCAAUUAACAUUAUAAAUCCAAGAAACUUCUACAAAAUAUUGAAAAUACUUUCUCAAUGUUAUAAAUACCGUAGAUAUAUACAAAAAUCGCAAAGACGAAAUAUUAAAAACGAUCUUUGUUUCACAAACACUUAAAACUAAAACUACUGAACAGUUAGAUUGAUUGACUUU